AUGCUUUCUGUAAUGGAGGCUCCUACAGUUUUUGUCUUGAUAGCAUUUUCUUCAAUAGCACAUGCGAGUGUACCAAAUUUUGCUAAACUUUAUAGGGAAACUGAAGAUUUAAUAGAGCUAUCUAAAACUUACCACAGAUUGGAAAAUAAUGAUGAAUAUUUUGUCAAUUUUGACCACAGUAAGAAGCCACUAUAUUUUGGAGCUUUUGACUUUAUAGUUGUCGGAGCUGGAACAGCGGGCGGUAUUGUGGCCAAUAGAUUAUCAGAAUCCAAUUUUAAGGUCUUAUUAGUUGAAGCAGGUCCCCAAGAUCCAGAUACUGCGUCGGUGCCAGGCCUUAACGGAUAUUUUUUCAAUACACCCUUGGAUUGGGGUUAUAAUACAACUGAAGAAGAUAAAAUUUGUCUUGCAACAAUUGAUAAACGUUGCAUUUAUCCAAGAGGUAAAAUGUGGGGUGGAACAAGUAGCCUUAAUGGAAACGUUUAUAGUAGGGGCACCAAGUGGGAUUAUGAUGCUUGGGCAGAAAAGGUUGGCAAUACUGACUGGUCUUAUGAAAAUGUAUUACCCUAUUUCAAAAAAGCUGAAAGAGCAAUGUUCAAAAUCGACUUGGAUAAAAGUUAUCAUGGAUUCAGUGGCCCCCAGCGCAUAGAUUUAUUAGAAGACACUCCGGGAUUGACUACAAUGUUAUUGAGAGCUUUCAAAGAAAGAGGCUCAAUUGAGCAGGAUUAUAAUGGACGGAACCCUUAUGGUGUCAGUAGACCCCAAAAUUUUUUAGAUAGAAAUGUCCGUGCAGGAACAGCGCAUGCUUACAUAAGACCAGCGGCUAAUCGACAGAAUUUGCUUAUAAGUGACAAUUCAUUGGUAACUAAAGUUAUUAUUGCAAAUGAUAGAGCAGUGGGUGUAGAGUUUGUGAAAAAGGGAAAACUCUAUUUUGCUCAGGCUUCCAAGGAAGUAAUUUUGUCUGCUGGUGCCAUAAAUACGCCACAAAUUUUAAUGCUAUCUGGCAUUGGUCCCUCACAAAAACUAAUAAAACAUGGCAUAGAACUUGUUAAAGAUCUGCCAGUAGGGCAAAAUUUACAAGAUCACAUAGCAGUUUAUCCAAUAUUUUUCAGGACCCAUCACACUUACUAUAAUUUGACACUAAAAGAACAACUAAGAUUAUGGUAUGCGAAUAGAAGACCAUUGACUGCUGCCGGGGGAAAGCAAGUAAUUAGCUUUAGAAACCUGGAAGAUGAUACAAGUAGUAGUCCUGAUACUGAAUAUAUUGGCACUGGUCCAACUGCUAUAGGCAGUAAAAUAGCAACUGGCAAUAGAUUCAAUGAAGAAUUUACAGCUGCGUACCAAAUUCUCAACGAGCACACUGAUUUUUCGUUUCAAGUUUUUGUGCUACAUCCUGAAUCCAAAGGAGAACUAACGCUUCAAUCAAAAGACCCAAGAGAUUAUCCUUUAAUAGACUUCAACUUUUUUGCUGUUGAAAAAGAUUUAGAAACAUUGUACCGAUCAAUCCAAUGGAUAUUGGAAAUACAAAACACCAAAGCUUUCAGAAACUUUAGAGCUGAGCGCUUGUUUGUGCCAAUGCCGGGUUGUGACGAAAACUACGAAAUAGAUUCUAAAACGUGGUGGUAUUGUGUGUUAAGACACAUUGGGUCUCCUGGCUUUCAUCCUAUUGGUUCGGCAAUAAUGGGUUCAGGUCCCUGGAACUCUGUAACCAAUCCAGAACUUAAAGUUCAUGGAAUUCAAGGGCUUAGAGUUGCAGAUGCUAGCGUUAUUCCAGUCACUAUUGCUGGUCAUACGACUGCGCCUUGUGUAAUGAUUGCAGAAAAAGUAUCUGAUCUCAUCAAAUCUGAGCAUGGACAAUAAAUAUUAUUACCUACCUAUACGUGUUAUCAGAUAUUCACUUGAAAUUUAAAGAUAGCUUAAAUUUCAUCCAUAAAGGAGGUAAUAAAUAAUUGGUAUAUAAAAUUCUCUGAGAUGGACAAUGUUCUUUUCGAGGAAAACAUGAAUUAGUUUCUAAAGACUGAAUUCAUAAUAAGUAAAAUUAUAACUAACAAAUCUUUAUUCAAUAAACUAUUUAAAAAUGCCUGUUUC